AUGGCGGACGACAAGCAUAUCGCAGCUGUGCCCUCGGGUGACUACACAGCAUCAAAUAUAGAAAAGGCCCAUCACGGUGCCGCAAUCGAUCUAAACGCCAAUGUUGACGCAAAAAUCAAAAACCCCCUCCUCGGCAUCUCCCGCGCCGACCUUCUCCGUGACGUUGACGCCUUUGCCCAGGAAAAGGGCCUGCAGGAGUACAUCCCCGUGUUGCGCAAAGGCGCGCUAGUUGCCCAGGACCCGACGGGCUACGAAGAGAUUGACGGCGCCGAGGCCCUCGACCAGACCGAGAUCCAGGUCCUCCGUGACGAGGUCCUGCACAAGUGGCGCAUCCCUAAAAUCCUGUACCUAACCAUCAUCACCUGCUCCAUCGGCGCCGCCGUCCAGGGCUGGGACCAGACCGGCAGUAACGGCGCCAACCUGUCGUUCCCCACGGUGUUUGGCAUCGGGGGUACAUCGCAUCGUGACACCCUCCUUGUCGGCCUCGUCAACUCGGCACCGUACAUUGGCAGCGCCUUCAUCGGGUGUUGGCUCUCGGAUCCCCUGAACAACCUCCUCGGUCGCCGCGGUGCCAUCUUCUUCGCGGCGAAUUUCUGCCUCUGGCCCGUCCUCGGCAGUGCCUUUGCCCAGUCCUGGCCGCAGCUGCUCGCCUGCCGUCUGCUACUCGGCAUCGGCAUGGGCGCGAAGGCCAGCACGGUGCCCAUCUUCGCCGCCGAGAACUCGCCCGCGCCGAUCCGCGGUGCCCUUGUCAUGUCAUGGCAGAUGUGGACAGCGUUCGGAAUCAUGGCCGGAACGGCAGCUAACCUAGCCGUCGCCAGGACUGGCGAUAUAGCAUGGCGUCUCCAGCUUGGAUCGGCCUUCAUUCCGGCCGUGCCCCUGGUCCUGUUGAUUUAUGUCUGCCCGGAAUCCCCUCGUUGGUAUAUCAAGAAGAACCGAUACCCGGAGGCCAUGAAGUCGCUGUUACGGCUGCGCAACCACCCUGUCCAGGCGGCCCGUGAUAUCUACUAUAUCCAUACCCAGCUGCAAGUCGAAGCCGAGAUCAUCGGAAGGUCCAACUAUGCUAAGCGCUUCGUUGAGCUCUUCACCAUCCCUCGUGUCAGACGCGCAACCCUGGCUUCGUUUACGGUCAUGAUCGCCCAGCAGAUGUGCGGCAUCAACAUCAUCGCUUUCUACUCGAGCACCAUCUUCAAGGAGGCCGGGACUUCCGAUUUCAACGCCCUCUUGGCGUCCUUCGGCUUCGGCAUGGUCAAUUUCCUCUUUGCGUGGCCCGCCAUCUGGACCAUUGACACCUUCGGGCGCCGGUCCCUGCUGCUCUUCACUUUCCCCCAGAUGGCGUGGACGUUGCUGGCCGCCGGUCUCUGCACGCUCAUCCCGGGUGCCGGAGGUGCCCAUUUGGGACUGGUGGCGCUGUUUGUCUAUCUGUUUGCCGCCUUCUACUCACCCGGCGAGGGACCUGUCCCCUUCACCUACUCAGCGGAGGUCUUCCCGCUGUCCCACCGCGAAGUUGGCAUGUCGUGGGCGGUGGCGACGUGCCUGUUCUGGGCGGCCGUGUUGUCCAUCACGUUCCCCAUCAUGCUGGCCGACCUGGGUGUUAUCGGCUCCUUCUGCUUCUACGCGGGCCUCAACGUCGUGGCCCUCGUCAUGAUCUUCUUCUGGAUGCCGGAGACCAAGCAGCGCACGUUGGAGGAGCUCGACUACGUCUUUGCGGUCCCGACGAGGAUCUUCAUGAAGUACCAGCUCACCAAGGCGCUGCCGUACUGGUUCAAGCGCUGGGUGCUCUUCCAGCGGGACGCCACCCUUGAGCCGUUGUACAAGUUCGACCUCACGCAGGAGGACCACCACGGUAGCGAGACGUACGAGAAGACGAAGAUCGAGCAGCGGGACAACAAGAGCGGCUCCGCAAGCGGUGUCGACGUCACCUCCUCGUAA